UAUUAAAAAACUCUAGCGCGCCUUCCUAACCAUUUAGCACCAAAUCAGCAUUUCAUGUCAGAAACAAAAAAUGGCGGUCAGUCGUGAAAAUUGCGACGAAAAUUUUAUUAAUUAUGUCGCCAAAAUGAGAUUUUCUAAAGAAAUGAUCAACAAAGAGAACAUGAUUCAUCGCAAAAUCUGGCCAAAUAGAUGGGGUUACAUUGCACCAAUCUAUAACGAGAUGACUGAACAGCUAGAGAAAGGAAAGAGAAAGCCACUGCCAUCUCAAGUAGUGCGUGUUGAUCCUGACGAUUUCUCUCAUGUUUGGCCCAAUCAAGAUUUACGUGGUUUUGAACCAAAAGAUACAGUGCCUCCCGUAAGGUCAAGCAGAAUGUAUGGAUGGAAGAUCGGCAAGGGCAUUGUGGACAGAACUGACCAAUGGGUGAAACCACGAAGUCGGUAUAACAUGUACAAAGAUCUGGGAUGGAAGGAGGACUGCCUCUGGUGAUUAGCUUGCGGAUUGUUUGAUCAGUACUUGAACAGGGCAGAAUGAUACUUGAUUCAAGCUCGGUGUUGUUACUCUAUGUUGAUCAAUCCGUGGUCAUUUAAACAUUAAAUAGCAAUAAUUGUUGUUGAACAUCUAAAAAACAAAUAAAUAGAAACAUAUUUU